CCUCAGUGGCGCGCUCGGAGUCCAAACAAUCUUCUGGAAAGUCCUCAACUUGGACUGCGUGCUAAAAAGCUAACACAAGUAGCGCUCGUCUUCAAACUAACUUUAACGCCAACCGGUGGACGCCGCGUUUCGGCCAUGGAGACUUGCGAAAAGUUGUGGACUUGUUUCGACCGUCGUUGGUGUGUUUUUGUGCGGUAGUUUAUAGCGGACGCUGUCUCUUAGUGAGGAGCUAGCUUAGCAUCGAUCUGCCACAAAAAAAAAAAAACAACAAAAAAAAACCUCCCGAUUUUCAUUAACGACACAAAUUGUGGACUUUUCUCUCCGAUUUGACUGGCAACACUGGCACAAAAUGUCCAUUUUAGGGUUGAAAAAGAAACAGCCGAAGACCUUCAAAGUGAAAGUUACCACCAUGGAUGCCGAGAUGGAGUUCAGUUGCGAGGUCAAGUGGAAAGGCAAAGACUUGUUUGACUUGGUGUGUCGCACGGUGGGCUUGAGGGAGACGUGGUUCUUUGGGCUUCGCUACACGGUGAAGGACACCCACGCCUGGCUCAAACCUGACAAACGAGUGCUGGAUCAGGAGGUCCCCAAAGACUCGCCCAUUACGUUUCACUUCUUGGCCAAGUUCUUCCCGGAGAAAGUAGAAGAAGAAUUGGUGCAAGAAAUCACACAGCACCUCUUCUUCUUACAGGUGAAAAAACAAAUCUUAGACGAGGAGAUAUUCUGUUCUCCAGAAGCUUCUGUUCUUCUGGCCUCCUACGCUGUCCAAGCCAAGUACGGCGAUUAUGACCCCAACUUUCACAAGCCUGGCUUCCUGGCUCAGGAUGAACUUCUGCCAAAGACAGUUCUGAUGCAGUACCAGAUGACAGCUGGCAUGUGGGAGGAGAAGAUCACAGCGUGGUACGCCGAGCACAGAGGCAUCGCCAGGGAUGAAGCUGAGAUGGAGUACCUGAAGAUCGCUCAGGACCUUGAGAUGUACGGCGUCAGCUACUUUGACAUCACUCAAAACAAGAGAGACACAGACUUGUUACUGGGGGUGGACGCGCAGGGUCUCCACAUUUACAGCCCCAACAGCAAGCUGACCCCCAACAAGUCGUUCCCAUGGAGCGGCAUUCGCAACAUCUCCUACAGCGAAAAAGAGUUUCAUGUGUUUCAGUUCACCAUCAAGCCUCUGGACAAGAAGAAAGAUGUGUUCAAGUUCUACUCAUCUCAGCUGCGCGUCAACAAGCUGAUCUUGCAGCUGUGCAUCGGCAACCAUGAUCUGUUCAUGAGGAGGAGGAAAGUGGACUCCAUCGAGGUGCAGCAGAUGAAGGCUCAGGCCAAAGAGGAGAAGGCCCGUAAGAAGAUGGAGCGACAGAUCCUGGCGCGGGAGAAACAGAUGAGGGAGGAGGCGGAGAGAGCGAAAGAGGAUAUGGAACGCAGACUUUUCCAGCUGCAGGAUGAGGCACGGCUUGCCAACGAGGCGCUGCUGCGCUCCGAGGAGACAGCGGACCUGCUGGCCGAAAAAGCGCAGAUCGCCGAAGAGGAGGCCAAGCUGCUGGCCCACAAGGCCGCCGAGGCCGAGCAGGAGAGGCAGAGGUUAGAGGUCACCGCCAUGAAGACCAAGGAGGAGAAAAGACUGAUGGAGCAGAAGAUGAGGGAGGCGGAGCAGCUGGCCGUCAAACUGGUGGAGCAGUCUGAGCGCAGACUGAAGGAGGCGGAUCACCUGAAACAGGACCUGACUGAGGCCAAGGACGCCGAGAGGAGGGCCAAGCAGAAGCUGCUGGAGAUCACCAAGACCACAUACCCUCUCAUAGCGGCAUAUUCCGCUCCUCCCGCGCCACCUGCUCCUCCUGAGGCCGCCGACUUCGCCUACGAAGCCACGUCCUCGCGUGUCGACUUCAAAGACUCGGACAUGAAGAGGCUGUCCAUGGAGAUCGAGAGGGAGAGGCUGGAGUACAUGGAGAAGAGUAAACACCUGCAGGACCAACUCAAGGAGCUCAAAACUGAGAUUGAGUCUCUGAAGCUGGAGGAGCAGCAGCAGCAGCAGCAGCAGCAACAACAACAACAACAACAACAGCAGGCUAGCAUGUAUGGUCUCCAUGGUGAUGCCAGGGCAUACAUCCCAGAACCCGUAUACAUUCCUCACAGCAACAGAAACUCAGCCUACAUGUCCCAGAUGGCCUUCUUUGAGGAGGUCUAAUCGGGAGGAGGAGGAAGAAGAAGAGGAGGGUUAGUGCACCGGACUUGUCUGAUCAGGACACGGAACACUAGAGGACCUUUUUUUUUUUCCUGGUUUUUCUUGCUCUUUGAUUUUACCUUUUUGAUUCGACACUCCGGCGUCCUUUCGUGGUUCACGUUUGGGGCGGAGUUGAUGCCCGAGAGUUUCACUACACCUAUACCUUACACUCUUGACUCCGCCCCCUUUUGAAUUGUUACACCCUAAUUCAUAUCACGAUUGAACUGUCGUGUAUUUAUUGGUGCCUUACGUCUGUUUCAAACUUUAUUUUCACACCCAGAAGGUUGUUUUAUUUUCAUGUUGUAUUUUUUACUGUUUGCAUCAUUUCAAUAUACCAGUGUGUGUGUGA